CAACUUUUUUUCCACCUUUUCUAUUUGAUUUACUUGAAUUUUACCUGUAUAUAUCUUAAGUCAUGAAAGUUUCCCACAAAAAUUUCAGAUUAAACGAGUGAUUUUAUUACUAUCCAAUAGCUUCGUGCGUGGAAUUACUAAUGUUUUUUUUUUCCUUCGUCCUAUCUUCUCUCUCGUUAAAAUUUAAUUGCAUUUCCAAAAAAUCAAAAAGCUUAAAAAAUAUUCAACUUAUUGUUAUUCUAUAAGCAUGGCCUCAAGUAUUGCCAUCGUUCUAGAUAUUGAAGGCACUAUUUGUCCAAUAUCCUUUGUUAAGGACGUUCUAUUCCCAUAUUUUCUUAAAAAGAUACCCGAUGUUUUAAAUUCAAUCAAAUUUCCAAUUUCAAAUGCUACUGUCAAGGACCCUCAAAAUGAAAAACUCGAAUUAAUCCAAAUUUUAUCUUCUUUUCCAGAGGAUAAAAUCGCUUCAAAAGAAAAAUUAUUGGAUUAUAUCAAUUACUUGGUUUCAAAUGAUAUAAAAGAAAAAGCUUUGAAAAAUUUACAAGGCUUGAUUUGGCGGGUUGGUUAUGAAAAUGGUGAAAUCGUUUGUGAUUUAUUCUCUGAUGCUUUUCAGUCGAUUAAAGACUGGUCGACCAAGUAUAAAAUUUAUAUUUAUUCUUCUGGAAGUGUAAAGGCUCAAAAAUUGUUAUUAAAAUACGCUAGAGAUGAUAGUAAACCAAAAUCUUGCAUUGAGGAUUUAAAUCCUUACAUUACUGAUUAUUUCGACAUUAAUACUUCAGGUUAUAAAUUUCAAAAGGAGAGUUACGAAUCAAUUAAAAAAUUCAUUGGAUUAUCAUCUAAUCACCUAUUGUUUUUUUCUGAUAAUUUAAAAGAGCUUAUUGCAGCUAAAGCAGCUGGUUUUAAGGGUUUUCUUGUGAUUAGACCUGGCAAUUAUGAACCCAAUUAUGAAAAAGAAGGAAUCCCUAAGGGAACAUUUAAAACCAUUGAUAAUUUUAAUCUGUUAGGUUUGUAGAUUUUCUAUGUUUUAUUUAUUUAUUUAUUUAUUUAUUUAUAUUCUUAUUUUCAUAAUACAAUGGAUAUUUGAAAAGAAAAAAAAAUAUAAAAGAAAAGAAA